AUGAUUUCAGGUGAUCAGACGUGGGUGGAGAGCGGCGAGAAGCGUGGACGGACCAUGUCCACCGAGACGGCGCCGAACUGCGGUUACGGGAGCAGCGAGGAGACCUCAUCGCUGCUGGUCAAGAGCCCGCCGCCGGUCGUCCGGUCUUCGUCGGUGGCGGCCGCGACCUCUUCCUCGGCCGCCACCACCGCAGCUUCCGGCACUUCCACGUCGUCCGGGAAGCCCGUGUUGACCCGACAGGACUGCACCACGUCGCUGAUCCCGCACCACUACCGUGACCUGCGGAACGCCACGCCGACGCUCGGCAGUAGCGACGACAGCGGGCCGCCCAACGACGGCGGCGCGGCGGCGAGGUCGGUGCCGGACAUCGAGCUGCACUGCCGGUACUUGGCGGUGUCUCGGUGCCAGUGCCUGCGACGCAAAAGCCACUGCAUUUCACGGUCGGUGUCCCGCGAGAGCGUCCGCGGCGGUUGCGGCUCGGUAGGCGGCGGCGUCGGCGGAGUGGGCGGCAGCGGUGUCGGCGGCAUGGCUGGAGCAGCCGGUUGCUCGGCGGUCGGUUACGGGUACGGUUACGGCGUCGGCGGUUGCGGCUCGAUCGGCGGCGGCGGCGUCGGAUCCGCAUACGGACUGUCACCGCCGCCGCCCGUCCUGCUCACCACGUCGCCCAGCUCACGGAUCAUCAGGCAGAGCUCGCAGCCCGAGGCCACCGGCAACGCGUCCAUGUGCUCCGGCCACUGUUGCCACAACAUUCACCAUCAGCCGAGCUCGUCGCUGCGACAGCUCCGCGACCCGGCCGACAAUAUAGCCAUGAUCGCGGCCGACUCCCUGCGGAUAAAUGGCGCGAUCAGACAAUUCCGACAGGUUGGAUAA